CAUACCGAACCCCGACAAAAAGGCUCUGUGUGGACGUACUCCGCUGCACUUAAAGGUGAACCACGUGCUGUGCUGUACGAUAUUCGGUGGGUCCCUUUCAAGGUGCUUUCAAGACUUUUUUCCCUUACCGCAUUCUUACACAAGUCUUAGUGAUUGCAAAGUCAACUUAUGGAACUGAAGCACUUUCAGAGACGUGUGGAACUUGUUACUGCUUGAACGAAGCAUAUUUAUUUCGAAAGGAAGCUAAGCCAUACAGUACAUUUAUGGCCGCUUAAAGUAAUAAAAAUUUAUAAUUCGGGUGACGUGUGUCGUGCAUAGGAAACAUUGGCAGAUCACACUAUUUUGUGGGAGAAAACUGUGUAUUUGCACAUUUAACGAAGACCUUCGCUAGCAAGUCAUACAUAAGCAAAGCUGUUUGCUUGCUGGGCAGUCAAGAUGGCUUUAGCAGAAGACAGGCCAGUGAUCAUCAUGUUGCUGGUGUUGGCUGUGCUAUGGGUCACUGAUGUACCGGUGGUAGCUUCUUCAGUUCACCACACACUCUUUGUGACUUUGCCUACACCAACCGACGCUGAGAUAACGGUACAUCCAACCCAGGACCUUCAGGAGGACCAGGACAUUCCCACAGAGGCACCAGACACGUCUUCAUCUUGGGACACAUCGAGUGAAUCCAGAUCUGCACUACUCAGGAUACCAACGAAAGAUACUAAGAUGGUGUUUUUGGCGGAUGACCAUGAAGCCGCUUCCCGCAUCCCCGAACUCAUGACCACACUGUCUGAGCGCUCUGGUCCCUUUGAUGGCAGUCAUUUGUUCCCAAACACUCGCUCUGGUCCGCUUCCUGCUGCCACGACGACGGAGAGAGAUUUACGCACGACUUUCGACGCCCUCACGACACUGAGCAGAACAGAAAGCCCUCAAGAGGUCGGAUCCGAGUCGAGACUAGAAUCAAAUAUGGGUGGAAGUAGAUCAGAUCCGGAGAUCGGCUCCCGACACAACACCGCUGUCUAUCAGCCGAACCACUACCGGCCCCUACCACCUCGCCAGCCUCCCAUGAGGACAUAUAAGCCUUCUUCCUCGGGCCUGCAAGGGGCUUCCGUUAUUGACAAGGAAGACAUCUUUGCCAACAACAUUUAUUCGGGAGGUCCUGGCUCCUUCAAGCGUCCAUAUCGCAAUCUCACCCGAGUUACACACAUUGAAGCUGAGUGUCAGGAUGACUUCAUGAGGAUCCACGUGCAGUUCAACGGUUCUUUCAGUGGUUUGGUUUACUCCUCGGGUUAUGCUUAUGACGGCGAUUGUAUUUACGUAAAUGGCUCGGGUCGCGGCACAUAUGACUUUUUCAUUCAACUGAAUCGCUGUGGAACUUUGAGCGGAAACGAGAAGGGGCGAGAGGACAUGAGGGGACGCACGCCUUCGAAGAACAUGAUGUGGAACACACUAACGGUCCAAUAUAACCCCUUGAUCGAAGAAGAGUGGGACGAGCAUUUCAAAGUCACCUGCGAAUAUGGCUACGAUUUCUGGAAGACAGUCACUUUCCCUUUCCUAGACGUCGAAGUCCAAACAGGUAACCCCGUAGUAUUCACUCUCACUCCGCCGGAAUGCCACAUGGAGAUCCGGUAUGGGUAUGGGACCGCUGGCACUCGGGUUGCUGGUCCCGUGCGGGUUGGUGACCCUCUUACACUUGUGAUUUACAUGCGAUCCGAGUUCGAGGGCUUUGACAUCGUGGUGAGUGAUUGUUACGCACAUAAUGGAGGCAACAAACGCAUUGCUCUCAUCGACCAUUAUGGAUGCCCCGUGGACGAAAAAUUGAUCAGCCAUUUCGAAGGAUCGUGGACGACCGACGGUGUUUAUGAAACACAGGUGUAUGCCUUCAUGAAGACCUUCAGGUUCACUGGAUCUCCAGCGUUGUACAUAGAAUGUGAUGUCAGGAUGUGUCACGGCGAUUGUCCGACACAACCAUGCCAUUGGCGGCGUGGAAAGGUGCAAAAGAGGUCGGUGCAGAGCGAUGACGCCAUCGGUACCAAGCCUGCCAAUAUCUCAGAAAGUCUGAGCCUGUUUCAAGCGUUGCAAGUCAUACGGGACGAUCAGGCUCUUCAUGGGAGUCAGAGGGACUUAAGGACAGAUGGCGUGUGUCUCAAGAAAGGCACUUUUUCAGCACUGGCAGCGAUGGUGGCGAUUGUGAUUGGCAUCUUGACCACAGCCUGUGGCGUAUUGUGUCUCAGAAUUCGCCGGGCCAGCAAGCAAGAGGACCCUCCGGCUCCGAGGACUCCUUACGUAUCGACCUACAGGACAGACUUCGUCCCUCCGACUAAGAAAAGACUGGAAUGAUAAGUCAAACCUUUAAAGAAAGCCGCUUUUAAUUUA